CUGACAUCACGGGCAGGCGAGGCGCGGCCGCCGAGCUGCGGCGCUCCGGGCCGCGGCCAUGCCCAAGCGGGGCUGCCCCUUCGCGGACGCGGCCCCGCUGCAGCUUAAGGUGCGUGUGGGCCGGAGGGAGCUGAGUCGCGGCGUGUGCGCCGAGCGCCUCACGCGGGAGAUCUUCGAGAAGACCACGCGGCUUCUGUUCCGCGGGGCGCAGGCCUGCAUGGACCCUGCGUGGGAGGAAGGCUGCGCCGUCGUCGUCGCACCCGAGUCCCCGACGCCUGGCGCCGCAGAGGCCCCGCGGGCCGCGCGUGGGCAGAUGCUGAUCGGGCCCGACGGCCGCCUGACCAGGAGUCGAGCCCAGGCCUCCGAGGCGGACCCGGCCGGAGCCUGCUCGUCGUGCGUGCGGGCCGUGGACGGCAAGGCGGCGUGCAGCCAGUGUGAGCGGGCCCUGUGCGGGCACUGCGUGCGCACCUGCUGCGGCUGUGGGGCAGUGGCCUGCGCCCUGUGCGCCCUCGUGGACUGCAGUGACCUUCACGAGAAAGUGCUGUGCGCCAGCUGCGCCAUGUUCGAAUCCUGAGGCCGGGAGGGACGGCAGCCUUGCCUGGAUGACCUCACCUCUCCACCAUCGAUGCUGAGGAACUGUGGGGGGGGGGGGGGCGGACGCCUUUUUAUUUUGUAUUUUGUGCUCCUGACGACAGAAGAGAAUAAAGCCUUUAUAUUUG